AUGGCUGGCGCUGAAAGCAAACUCACUUGGCUUGUGACAGGCUCAAGCAAUGGCAUUGGGCUGGCUCUGGUAAGGUACCUCUUGACCACUGGGGACAAUGUCAUUGCGACGUCCCGCAAUCCAAACAAGACCCCCGAACUGGUCAAAGAGAUUGAAUCGAAAUCAAACGGCAAAUGGAUCGCACUGGACAUCUCCUGGUCUCAGGAAAGCAUCACUGAAGCUAUUGGGGUAGCCGAUGCAUUGUUUGAAGGUGGAAUUACCGCCAUCGUUAACAAUGCCGGAUUUGCCGUGGCGGGAGCCAUCGAAGAUAUUCCCGAGGAGGAUGCAAAAGCUGAAUUCGACACGAAUGUAUGGGGCACACUCCGUGUUUGCAAAGCCAUUCUACCCAGGAUGCGCCAGAGGGGCAGUGGCACUAUCGUGCAGAUCAGUAGCGUUCUGGGACUUGCCGUCUUCCCAGCGCUCGGCAUGUAUUCCGCGUCCAAGUUCGCUCUUGAAGUAAACCUCGGCACCUUCCAGACAAACUUUCUCGCCCCAGGUGCCAUGCCAGUCGUCGAGCCCUCAGAACCGUACAAAGCUCCAACCACGUCGUCGCCACGACUAUUCAGUCUGAGACAGGCAAACAUGGGAAACAAUUGGGAGAUCCUGAAAAGGCGGCCAAAGUCAUACAUGACGCUGUGA